UCUGGAGUCUCCAUUCUUUUUUUUCGCGUCCAAGCUUCUUUCUCUUUUGUACAUAACUACCUAGGUACAUAAUGAAGGUACUUUAGCUUUUGUAUCUUCCACGUCCGGCGGCAAACUCAAUUCAAAAUCGCAUUCUUCCUUCAAACAUCACCAAUCUUUGCUAUCACUAGAUUGUAAUACAGAUUAUACCGUCAAGAUGCCCAAAUUCUUCUGCGAUUACUGCGACGUCUACCUUACGCACGACUCUAUGAGCGUGCGCAAGGCCCACAAUAGCGGUCGAAACCACCUGCGGAACGUUGUCGAUUAUUACCAGCAAAUUGGACACGAGAAGGCUCAGUCCGUCAUCGACUCCAUCACGUCCUCCUACGCCGCCGAAGGUCAGGCUCACGCUAACCCCAUGCUGCCUCAAAACCAGCCCGGCGGCGCUGCGGCGGCGGCAGCAGCAGCAGGAUUCCCUGGAAUGCCACCACCACCCUUCAGCUUCCCCGGCGGCAUGCCGCCUCCGCCCUUCCCCGGUAUGCCUGCUGGUAUGCCACCCCCGCCAGGCGGCGCGUUCCCUCAGGGUAUGCCACCUCCGCCAGGCCAAGGCGGUAGAGGACUCCCACCGCCUCCCUUCGCAGCCGGACCCGGCGGCCUACCUAUCCCACCUCCAGGCGCUGGUCUACCGUUCCCUCCGCCAGGUGGUCUUCCAUUCCCUCCUCCGGGUGCAGUUGGUGGUAACGCGCCUCCCUUCCCGUUCCCCGGCAUGCCUCCCCCGGGCCAAGGCUUCCCUGGUGGACCCUCGCCACCCGGCGCAGCUGGUGGCUUUCCGCCUCCCCCCGGAGCGCCCGGCCGUUAGGAUCGCGCUGGUGCUGAUGUGAACCACGCCCCGGGGCUCGGGUCGGGGAUUAGUAGUGGAAAGCGGCGUUCGGGCCAAUAGCAGCAGCCCCUACCGCCACCGCAGUCACAAUCGUCGAGACCCGAAAUAAGAUCUCGGAAAACUACUAGUCCUAGACGAGAGAAGGAGCGGAGGUCUAAGCCAUAUCCUCGCAGAUAACGAGGAAAAGAGUACGGGUCCAGGUAUCUACAUCGGAGGAUUGCCGGGAAGACGCCGUCAUGAAAAUAAAGUGGUACCUCAAACAGUGUGCUCGUCUGUGUUUGCCCACGCAAAUUAGACACAUAGCAGAACCAUCCUAGCCACUUAAGAGGGGAAAACUGUAUAACCCAAUUAGACGACGGCACAGAGCAAAACAGAUGGAUUACGCAAGGGAAGGAAAUUGGGUAAUGUGUUCAAGUCAACGGAGCUUAAUUGCAAGGCAAGGCGUUAUAGGGGAGGACCGGCUCAAGGUCCCGUUUGGUUUACUUCGUGGGGCAUCUUUUUUCUCUCCCCAGGCGGAUAUACCCUGUUGCCACCCAUUAUAUUCCAAACCAGAAUACGUAUGGGCAUAAUAGACUGAAAAUAUUAAGAACAAUUUGAAGGCACUCAUCUAAACUGUGAGACGCAACAAAAGUUAGUUAUAAUGCGAUAGGA